AUGCGUUGGGACCAAGAUGAGACACCCGCCACGCCGGCAUUUAUCGUGUGUUCUUUCGCGGGUGGCUGUCAGGGCUCGCGUUUCCCACACGAAAAACAACCCUAUGCUCCACGUGUACCCGGCAGGUGGGCCGAUGCAGCAGCAGCAGCUGAGGUCGGCGAUAAGUUUUUAUUCUUACCGCAGGAAUAUUCUUUUAAUAUUAUCGCUGUCGUUUUUCACCCCAACCCUCAUACCCACCUCCCCGCAUUCUUCACCGUGUAG